CGGUGACAUUUUGUGUUUUCUCUCCCCCAUCAGGUGCGAGAGGCUGGAGGAGCAACUGAACGACCUCACGGAGCUCCAUCAGAACGAGAUCAUCACACCUGAAGCAGGAGCUCGCCAGCAUGGAGGAGAAGAUCGCCUACCAAUCGUAUGAGAGGGCGCGAGAUAUCCAGGAGGCGCUAGAGGCUUGCCAGACGCGGAUUUCGAAGAUGGAAAUCCAGCAGCAGCAGCAGCAAGUGGUCCAGCUGGAGGGUCUGGAGAACGCCACGGCCAGGAACCUUCUGGGCAAACUCAUCAACAUCCUGCUGGCGCUCAUGGCCGUGGUCCUAGUCUUCGUCUCCACCGUGGCCAACUGCGUGGUCCCGCUACUAAAGACUCGCAGUCGGACGUUAGGGACGCUCCUCCUAGUCCUGGUGGCCGCUCUGCUUUAUAAACACUCGGAUUCCCUCUCGGAAUAUCUGGAACGACUACUGUGGCCCCCGAGAUAACCGCACUCCCCCCGACACAAACUGUGAAGUUUAAGUGGGUACGGUCUUCGGUCUUGCGAAACAAGAAGAGCCCAUCGGCCUAAUGGGCGGCGGUUGUGGGGGGGUGGUGCGGCGGUGAUGCCGUUUUUUUUUAUCCGUGGCAACUCAAGUGUUGGGAACCUGCCGUUUCGCACUGGCCCCGCCUUCCUCACGCCUUACAACCCAGGAAGGCGCUGCAUUGGGCGCUGCAUUGGGCGCUUUCAACCCCCCCCCCCCCCCCCCCCAACACAAUCUCUAGAAGUUGGAAGUCAUUGGGGCAAGCAGAGGGGGUGGCGAGAGUGUACUGUUUACAUAGAAUGAAAGAAGUUGUGAACUUUUUACUUAUUUUUGGGCGCUUUGUUGCCCGUCGACUGAAGGAGAACUACUGCGUUGUUUUUAAAUUUUUCCCUUGGACCCCCCCACCCUUUGCGUUUACUUGGAACUUCCCUUGCUCAGACCUCACUCCCCUGGCGCCAAAACCUCACCCCCCCCCCCCCCCCCACUCUCCCUGGACUUUCAGUACUGUGCCUUCAGGGUCUGCGACAAAAAAAGUUGGGGGGGAGGGGCAACUCUGACUUUAACAAGAAAUUCCGGAAGCCCCCCCCCUUUGGAGCUCGGACAGUUUGCAUUGCGGCAAUAAGGCACAGCGACCUGCUUUCUGCCUAAACCCGGAAAAAAAACAUCAACUUUUUUACUUAAGUGCCUUACUGCUUCUGUAUCCCAGGGGAGUGGGGGAGGGGGAAGCCGGACAUUUCUGCACCUUUGAGGGUCAACAAGGUGGUACCAAGGGGGGGGUCCAAAAACUGCCUUUUACUCUGAAACUCUGGACUUUCUCCCACCUAAGCCCCCCCUCACCUUAACCCUUUUAUUUUUAUUUUGCACCCCCUCUGCUGAGCCAGCACUAAACCUCCGGCCGCUGCACAUUCCUAAGCGGCGGGCGGCGGACAAUCUGAGGCGCUAUUCACUCCAAAAGGGGGAGGGGCGGGGGGGGGUGGAGAUUGCUGUACCUGCGAUGCCGUCUCUACAUUUUUAGCUUUGACUCCUCCCCUUUUUUGUUGUUGCUCAGGAUGUUACCAAUAGCGUCUGCCUUCCUGGCCCCUCCCCCCCUCUGUACAAACUGAGAGCAGUAUUUAUAGGCGCGGAUUUCAAAGAUGGGAACUCCAGCAGCAGCGAAGUUGUCCAGCUUGGAGCGUCCGGAGAGAACGCCACAGCCAGGAAAACCUAAAAGGGGGGGCAAGACCCAUCAACGUCCAUGGGGCCCCCCGGGGUCCUAGUCUUUUUGUCUCCACUGUGGCCCCACUGCAUCAUCGCGCUAUUGAAAAAAACAAAAAACAGCGGGCCGGAUUUUAGGGACGGUUUUUAUUGAACUUUUUUAUUAUUAUUUUAUUUUUUAAGUAGUAUUGUAGCCGUCAUCUGUCCAGGGGGGUCGUGCAGCUCCUCUGGCCGAGAGCGGCUCGUGUACAACUGGCCGCACUUUUUGAGAUGCUCAUGCUGCUGAGAGCCACUGGGGGGCGCUGUUGGUGUAGUUGGGAGAUUUUUUUUUUUUUUUUUGGAAGCAGUACUGAUUCGGUACCAUUGCUGUAAGUGUUUUAUCUCCACCAGGAGGUUUAAUAUUUGAAUUAAUAUUAUUUGGAGUGAGAGGGGCGGGCUCGUUGAAUAAAUGAGUAAUGUUUUUAAACUAAAAA